GGGACACUUGGCAGUCACGUUUACCAGAAAUGACUUACAUUGGCAGUACAGAUAUUAUGGGAGAGGUGUUUAUUGAGACAGAAGACACGGUGAGUCAGACAUACAGAACAAAACAAAAGAUGAAAAAUGUUAAUUCAGGCAUGGAGAUAAAGACACAUUUCCUACUUUAAAAUAUUGUCUUAGAGCAUCAUAUUUUGUUUAAUCUCAUGCUAUAGUAUUAACAAAUACCUUAUAUAUGGAUGGCAACAUGUAUCAUGGGAGAAUGAUGACAUUGAAGUGUUACAUACAUGUCUGCAUGCACCCACUGACAGAGAGAAAAGGAAGCAGUCUAUUACUGGUAGGAUGGAUCAUUCGAGAUUAAAGCAUCAUCAGUCAUAGUCAGACUAAAUGUAGAGAGAGUAGGAGAACAGUCGAUCCCUUCUCUUUCCCUUGAGUGAACCAAGUUAUCAUGUACGUGUUGAGGGAGAAAUAUACUAAUGACAAUCUCUGUGAAUAGGUAAAUGGAAAUGGUAAAUGCUGCAUUCUCGCUCUUUUAAAAAAUCCAAUCUUUAUUUAGACAAUUAAAAUUCAAAGUUUCAGUCCGCUCAGGGACUUUCUUCAGGAUUUUAUAGAAUAGAAAUAGGAAAUAGAACUCACCCUAGCUGAACCAGGUGAUCACCAGCGUCUCCCCAAUAUAUAUAUAUAUACAUAUAUAUAUAUUCGAGUCUAUGUAUUUUUAUUGAGGUUUUAUGCCAUAUGCAUUGUGAAUACAUCUUUAAAUUGAAUUCUUUUGUGCAUUGUUUUCUUUUGAUAGAUGAUAGUUCGCACUUUCUUAGAAUAUGCCAGUAUGGGAUGUCAGCAUGUUCUACUAACUGGUCCCCCGGGGUGUGGGAAGACCGCAUUAAUGAAUGAUUUUAUCUCAACACAAGGUACGUCAUUUGUUUAGAUGAAAAAUUAUUUAUUUUAUUGUUUAUAUGAAAUGGAUUUGGGACUAUUUAAAACUAAUGGUAGGCAGUAUAUACCAUUCUUGUUCCAGGUUAGACAUUUCCUAUAGCCAAUUUGCACAGUUUCUUAUUGCAAGUUUUACCAUGAUUCCCAGUACAGUAGAAAGGAAAUAUACAAUUCUCAUCUAUGUAUUUCCAACAGAUUGUUUACCUCUGGUAAUAAAACAAUAAAAAAAAAUUCUGACAUGACAUGACUUCUUAUUUACUUGUAUUCUAUUCUCCCAUUUUUCUUGUUAGAAAAAAACGUGUUGUAGGUUUUUUUUGUUUCAUCUUGUCUGGUUUAUAGCAUGAUUAAAUUGGCAAGAUUAUUUUGUUUUAUUUUUAUUUUAAUAUUCGUCUUCAGGGUACCUUCUUUUCAAACCAGAGAGAUGUAUGUUUAUUGAGCUAGUCAUAAUAUUGUGGGAUCGUUUGUAUGUGCCAAAUUAUUCGGGAACUAUAUUGGCUCGUGUGUGUGUGUGUGUGUGUGUAUUGAUAAACCACUUGACCUUCAAAUUUGUAAUUUAUUAUGAGUGUGACGUGUUAAAAUGUGAAUGCAGAACUGCUCCAAGCAUUAUUUUUUAUAGUAUAUACUUCACUGUUACCAACCCUCUCUAUCCUGUUGCUACAUACAUUAUUUCUCACAUAAGGUUAAACUCAUUUUGUAUUUGUAGACAGAGCACGCACAUUACUGAAAAGAAUGGUGUUUUCAGGAUCUUCGAAAGCAGAAGAAGUCCAAGAACUAUUAGAGCAAAAUAUAUUUCACAGACAAGGUAAAAAUGUAUUGAUCUGUAUGGUGUAUGACAAGGUGUAUUUUAGAAAUCUGGAUUUACUCUAGUGUGCAGUCACAGGAAAUGGUUCCAAAUUGUAUUUCUAGAUAAACUAAUAAUGAAGAUUUUAGUUGACUAUUUUUUUCAUUAAAAUUUUUUCAGGUUUCAUCUAUGGUGCAAAAGAUGGAAAAACACUUAAUUUAUUUAUUGAUGACCUGAACCUUCCUACACCGGAUAAGAAUGGGGUGCAGCGCUGUAAUGAGGUAAAAUCCAUUGAUUUCAAAUACAGACUCAGGUUGCAUAGAAAGCCAUAUGGAAAAAUGGAGCCUAAUGAAAUACCACGGAAACUAAUGGAUUGCCCUGAUUACUCCUUUAGCACUUGGAUACAAACUAUUACUUCUUUAAGCUUGUAUCCUUUUAGCACUAAACACCCUAUGUCAGGGUUGCCCAAAAGGUAGAUGCCAAAAAGGUUGUAGAACUACAACUCCCAUGAUACUUUGCAUGUCUUUAGAAUACCUAUAGAAUGGCAAGCUGUAAUUUUAAAACAUCUGGAGGUCUACCUUUUGUGCACCCCUGCUCUACGUAAACUAACUGUUACGUUAACCUCUCUUUAAUCUUAAGGACAUGCAUCACAAUGAGACAACUGUUUAACUUAAAAGCAUUAACAUUUAAUGAGGCAGAAUUUACAGGCUGAAAAAAAAAGAUAAUUUUAUAUAUAUAUAAACAUUUUUUUUUUUUCAUAUUUACCUGCUUCUUUUUUCUAAUGCAUUCCACACCAACUCUAAGGGGAGCAUUGAUCUAACUAAUUAGUUUCCCAUCUGGAAAUGUGUGUUGGGCCUAUUUCAGUGUGAUCAGUGUGAUUCAUGUAACUCAGAAUCAGGUCUUAGUUUGCUUUUUCCUGCGGCUGCACAAUGAUCCCCUGUUUCUGUCGCUAGUGGAAUGGUCUAAAACUGAGAUGGGUGGGUGAGAGGGGGGCUGAAGAAACUCCCUUUAUAAUUGUUUGUUAUAUACUUUACAAAGUUUUUCUUUAUUUUGAUUUGUAUAUUUGUUUAAAGGAACACUAUAGUCACCUAAACAACUUUAUCUGAAUAAAGCAGUUUUUGUGUAUAGAUCAUGCCUCUCAGCUUUCACUGCUCAAUUCACUGCCAUUUAGGUGUUACAUCACUUUGUUUCUGUUUAUGCAGCCCUGGCCACACCUCCCCUGGCUAUGAUUGACACAGCCUGCAUGAAAGAAAACUGGUUUCACUUUCAAUCAGAUGUAAUUUACCUUAAACAAUUGUAUUGCUUGCUCUGUAAAUUGAACUUUAAUCACAUACAGGAGGCUCUUGCAGGGUCUAGCAAGCUAUUAACAUAGCAAGGGAUAAGAAAAUCUUAAUUAAACAGAACUUGCAAUAAAGGAAGGAUAAACUUUAGAUGACUCUUUACAGGAAGUGUUUAGGAAGGCUGUGCAAGUCACAUGCAGGGAGGUAUGACUAGGGUUCAUAAACAAAGUGAUUUAACUCCUAAAUGGCAGAGAAUUGAGCCGUGAGACUGCAGGGGCAUGAACUAUACACAAAAACUGUUUCAUUAAGCUAAAGUUGUUCUGGUGGCUAUAGUGUCCCUUUAAAAGUGUUUGCUUGCUGGUUUAAAAAAACAAUUGUCAAGUGAGGCAUGUCCCUUUAAACCCCCUUUACCCUACCCACUCUCACCACUUUCUGUAACCUUGCACUCAUUUUCAGAAUUUUGUUUCCACAGGCACCUAACAUGUAAAAUCCUACCCUGUCGAAUGGGUGUGAUAAGAGUGUGGUUUAUCAAACAUAUGGAAGUCAGAAUUUAGAUAAAUGAAUACAAAAACAGAUUAGGCCAAAAUAGGUAUCAUGUGAUGAACUUGAUUCAAUAUUUUUAUAGCUGCUAAGAAUGCUUCUAGAUGAAAAGGUUCUUGUGACACUGAAUAAACCUUUCGAAUGGCGGUCACUGGAGGGACUCCUAAUAAAGGCAAUAAUGAGCUUUCCAAAGUAUACCAACAAAGCAGAGAGGACAUUUUCCCAGAGGCUCCUGGUGAGUUUAUAAGACAAAGCUUUUAUAAUGAAUUCUGAGAAUACAUGAGAUAUAUAAAAUGUACCUGUUUUAUGCGACCGUUAAAAUGUGAGAGGCAUGCUGUUAAAAUAAAUAUCUAAGAUACAAUAUGCACAAUAUGCAUUAUUUCGUUUUUAAAAAUUCCCUUUGUAACUGCCAAAAGUCCUAAUUGUUAUUUGCUGCAGAACAUACUUCUGCAGCUAACCUGAUUUGCCCCCUUUUCUCCCCAGCAAGAAUGUCUUUGUUUGUGCUGCGCAGAUUCCAGUCAUAUACUUCUCAUAGACAAAGACACAGGAAGUGUUAAUAGAACACAUUAUGAACACUCACAAAAUAAUAACUACUUACAAUAACAUUGUGGUGCAAAGGAUUUAAAAAAAGGUGCUUCUUUAAAACUGUCCAGAUGAGGUUGCAGGCUUGAAAGAAUGAUAAGAGCUGUGAAUCUGAUGAUAAGAAGAAACCUUCCUCACAAUUCAUACAGUAAACAUACUUGAUAAUGAACACAAGAAGAUAUAGUCAAAAUUGAUGUAUCUUUCAGGAAGGGUGUAAGGAGAAUGAGCAAUUGAUAGCCAGGGAAGGUGUAGCUAGCAUUGCAGAAAUAUACUUAUUAAGUCCUAAGCAGGAGAGAAAUUAAUCGAUAUACUCUGUUCACUACCUCAAGAGGUACAGAUCUUAAAUCCCAAAAACUCACAUUCACACAUUUUAGGCUCAUUUUAAUUUGAGUUCCGUUUUGCCAACUUGUUACACUUCAUAAACUGGACUUUUACAGUCUCAAAUUUUGCAAAUGAAAUAUAUGUUUUAUUAAUAUGUUUUAUCAAAUAUUGCAAUGUUUAUCAACAGUUAUAUUGUCACAUUAUCUAAAAAUCUAACAUUUUACACCUAUCUUUUCAGCGGCAUUUUGCCAUAUUCCCUCUUUCAGAUUUAGAAGGCUCGAAGCUCCAGAAAGUGAUUUUUUCUGUUCUGGAAGUAAGUAACAUUUGCAUAAAAUAUAUAUAAUUUAUCUGUCUGAGCUAUAAUUGAUAAGAUGACCUAAACAGAAAGCAUGCUUGAUGUGCGUAAUGAGGAUAAAAGUAUGACAAAAUGGCAUAACUGCUAUCAAAAAGUAUCGGAACAUGGGAAUUAAGAUUGCUUUAACAUGUUUGAGGGAUUAUCGGUAGCUGUUAACCUAUCGAUAAAUAUGAAAUCAUAGAUUGUAGUAUACAUGUAAAUAAAAAUGAGUAAUGUCUAAUGUAAAUAAUGUAUUUCUGAAUAAAUUACGGAGGUUGACUAACUUACUUUUGUUUAAGCAGGGAUAUCCAAGUCUGUGUCCAUCACUUGGGCCUGUAGUUGAGCAUACCCAGAAUUAAUACCUAGAGGAAGACUGGGUAGAUGUAUAGAUGUUUAUACAUUCUCAAUUUAAAACAGAGAAGUGGAUUUCAACUGGCAAGUCACAUACAGAGAUCCCAAUGUUUUGGAGGCAAAUUAAUUUAGGUUAUGUCAUGGAAGGAGAGGAUCUCGAUAAUCACCAUCUGUCCUAGUUACAUACUUUCCAUAUAAUGGUUUACAUGCUAACAGUAAGUGAAUUGUAGUGUGUGCUAUUCUUUGCAGGCAAACAUGGGUGAGAAAGAUGGACUUCCCUUACAAGAAGAGUUGCAUUUGUCUCUGGCCAUGGCUUCAUGUCGCCUUUUAGAAUCAAUUAAGAAAGUAUUGGUGCCAUCUUCAACAGCAGGACGGCAGCACUAUCUGUUUUCUCUGAGAGACAUCAGCAAGAUAUUCCAGGUCUCUGUUGAUAAAUGACAAAUGUGUAAAUAUAUAUAUAUAGUAUAUCUAAUAUAAAAAAUAGGAUAAGCGCUAGAGAAUCAAUUGUAUGAACAGAGAAAUAGGCAACAAACAGUGAAUGUAAGGGAUAGCCUCAACCCCUUACUGUAGAAAGAACAUACAAAAUACAAAGAAAAACAGAUUGCGCCAAAGACUUAUUAUAAACAGUAUUUGGUGCAACCAGUGUUUCUCUGUGUUUUAUAUAUAUAUUAUAUCUGCCUAUCUAGACCUCAACCCUAUUUGUCAGUUUCAUAGGCCAUAUUUGUUUACAUGAUUGAUUUAGAAAGAUGCAGGUUACAAUUCUAUUGAUGUAAGGAUGCACAUAAAACCAUUACAUUUCCAUUAGUAUGUGAGAGAGGUUUACUAGGUGGAUAAAUGUUUUUACAUAUUGAAGUGAUAAUGCUUAAUUUAUAUUGUAAAGAGUUUUCAUUGGUUUGCAUAUAAUGCUGUAUGGAAUAGCAAACUGAACUCUCUUAUUUAUGCAUUUGGUUGUAUAUAUGUAAUUAUUAACACAGUAACUUUCUUUUAUUUUCAUUCAAUGGUUUGUUGUCACAUACAUUUAGCCUAAUUCCUGAAAACCAAUUGCUUACAAUUUUAUUGAAAGUCAUCAAAAGAAAUUGGGGUAUUCCAUUAGUAACUUGUUGCAAGACUGGAAAAGCUUACACAUUUUUACAAAAAAGAAUAAGCAUUUUUCUAAAGGUCUACACUUUAUUUGCAGUCUCUCCGCAAGAUGUCUAACGAAGAUCGAGAAGACCGCAGUACUGUUUUUGCAUACUGGCUGCAUGAAAUCAAUUGCAUUAUUAAGAAUAAGAUCUGCCGCCGCACUGACCUGAACUGGUUUAACUCUGCAUUAAAAGAUACAACAAAAGAGGUAUGUGUUUAGCUACAUUACAGUAUAACAAAUCUGUUGGAUUCUUAAAAGUGGUGCAAUGUUCCAUCUAAAAGUUAGGUUUCGGGUACGUUCUGUUGAUGACAGUUCCACUCUUACAACUUUGCACUUUACAUAAAUUACAUUUUGAAAAAUCUCCACGCUCUUUUGUAAGAGUUAUUAAAGUGCUAGCCCCUGAACCAGAUUUUUGUGGCCCAUAGCAUAACUGAGACCACUUCUUAUUGCUCUGCUAAAAAAUUAGGUUCUGUCUGAUCCCUGCGGUUUGGGAAAGACAGAGUCCACUAGGGAUGGACAUGGAGGCAGGUUGCUACUGCAUAAUAUUUAAAAUUAGGCUCUGUUUUUCCUAAAAUACCAUGAUCGCAAUUGUCAGUGAGGAAACAUGGUGUAUGCUGGUCAUUCACACGGCACAAUUAAAGGAAAGAAGGAAGAGGGGGAGAGGUCAAGUGAUUAAGGCUCCGCUUCCUUGUUGUGCAGCACUUUUUCCAGGAUAUGUCAUAGUACUGAGUCUGCCCUAAGUCUAAGAUGAAAAUAAUAAUAAUAAUUUGGGUUUUGUUGGCAUUUUUAUCAUGAUAUGUUGAAUUCAUGAGGGGGGCUGUUAGAAUAAGAGGUAUUGGUGAAUACGAUCAGUAUUUAAUAAAGAGAGGACAGUGAAUAAGAUGGUGGAUUAGUAAAUAAGACUAGGCUAGGGAUGAUGAAUAUGAUGGGGGUCCUUGGAGAAUGAGGAAGGGCUUGCUAAUGUGGGAACUGGUUAAUAAGAUGGGGUUUGAUGGGGCGGGGGGUGAUUAAUAAAAUAGGGUGCUGAUGACCAAGAUUGGGAAUUGAUAAUGGGGGACAGUGCUGAAUAAGAUGGGGGUGCUGUGAAAUGGAGUUUAUAUAUCAGCAAUACAGCAGUGACCUCACAACUUAGUUUAUAGAGUAACAAGGAAACACAAAUAUUAUUGGUUAGUUUAUGAGAGAAUUACAGAGCUACCCAAUCUAUGUGGAUGGCCAUGUGUUUGUUUGGAAGUACAUAUCUGUGUGAAAUUAUUUUUAAUUUUAUGAAUUUUAACAAAUCUAAUACCAGAUCUAUGCUGAAUUAUGCCCAUCUCCAGGGUGUUAGGUUCUCCACUGCUAACUCACUUAUGGCAAGCAUAUCUCACAUGACACAGAGGAGCAAACACUGUCAGGCAUCUGGCAGCAAGCACUGACUAGUCCAGUUUUAUUUAUUUUUUAAAUGUUUAGAUUUUGAAUUUUUACAGGCAGCCCCCAUAGUAGAAGAAAAUGUGAUGAGUGGCUAUACGUGAUUCAGAAGUGGAGUGCAAUACUCACCUCUGUGGCAAAACUAUUGACAGUCCAGCAGCUACAACAGCCACACUGGGGCCCACAAGCCUGGGGGCAUAGGGUGUCUCUCACACUUAGGGAAACCCAAAGUGUAAAUCUGACCAGAGAAUCGGUUGGGCACUGCAGUAAGAUUGGCAGUGCUUUGAGGAAGAGUGUUCAGGUCACCUUCUCCCAACCCAACUUACAGAGAGCCAUGCAGGGUGGACUAGAAUGGCCCAAAGAGAGAAGGGGAGAGAGGAAGAAAAGAGGCUGGACAAGCCUCAGACUCCCAUCAGCCUCAACCAGCAGCCAGAUCCCACAGGACUCCAGGGAUGUUAUCCCCCUGCACCCAAAGUGUAUGGAAACAGUAGGGUGGCUACGCAUGUGUAAAUAAUUAAUUGUAUGUGUGUGAGUGUCAGUGUAUGUAUAUGUGUAUUUGUCAGUAUGCACGAGUAUCUGUUUGCAAAUCCACAAAAGAAUGCACACGUAAAAAGAAAUUGGUUCCGACAAGAGGACUCCAGGAGGGGAAGGCAAAUUCCUAAUACACAUAGGUAGACAAGAGAGGCUAGGUACACCCAGGGCCAGAUUAAGAGCCCAGGGGGCCUGGUGCUGGCAAUUAUGAUGAGGCCUAAUUACAGAUUUUAUAGACCAAAAACACUAAAACAGUCAUACCUCCCAAGCGUCGUGUAUCUGAUGGAGAUGGUGUUGGAGGGAAACUCAAAGGAUGCAGCUAUAAGAAUACACAUACUCUAUGCUAAUCUCUCUCUAAUUUAUGCUUUCAUCUUUCAAGUAAAUCCAUACCCCCUAACAGCAGUGUCCAGUGAAGCAGGGAGUCAAUGGGCAGGGUAAAAGGGUGGGCCACUGACGCGAAUCACGUGACCAGAACUGCCAAAAGGGGCGAACAUGCCCAAAAAGGGGGCAUGUCUGUCCAAAGAAUUGGACGCCCAGUCCCCUGGUCUUCCAGUGUCUCAGUGUCCUCAUUUCUCCCCAUGACCCCAUGUCUCAGUGUUUCCCUUGUCACUAGGAUACUAGGGGACACAGUGAGACAUGUGGACACAGUGAGACAUGGGGACACAGAGACACUUGGGGACACUGAGACACUUGGGGACACUUGUGGAUACAGACAUGGGGACACUAGGAGACAUGGAGACACUUGGAGACAUGGGAACACAGACACUAGGGACACAGAGACAUUUAGGUAGUUGGCAUUAUAUAUAUAUAUAUUCAGCAAUAAAAUCAGUACUUUGGCUUACAAAUUUCAUAGAACAAUCAGAUAAUAUAAAGGAGAAGGGAGGAAAAUAGAUGUACGGGGGAGUAUAAACAAGAUAGGAAGGGACUACUUGGACCUGCAGAUCCCAUUUACCCAAGUCAUAUAUACCCAUUGAGUUCAGAUAGUGUCAUUGAAUGGGCUAUCAUUUCAUGGAAGUCAGACAGACAUUCUUAUUCGAACAAAGUGAUAUCCAGACUUUAUCUGCCAUAAACUCUUCCAUCAAGCUUGUUGUGUCCCUGAUUCUAAAGAGCACCAUGAACCAUGGCUGGAGAUCCAAAUUUUUCCAUGUCUCUACGAACGUCUGUCAAACAGAGAGAUUUUGCAGACAUACUUAUUCUUAUGUUAGGUGAUGACAGGCUUAGAAAGCAGAUAUGUCCAUGACAAAUCAAUAGACUUGUGUCAUUUCUGACACUGGGAGACACGGGGACACAGACACUGGGAGACUAGGGGACACUAGGAGACAUGGGGACACUGGCUGGGAGGCUUGGGGACACUGAGACACUUGGGGACACUGUGGGACAUGGGGGCACUUGUGGACCCAGACAUGGGGACACUGAAAAUUUUUGGGGCACUGGGAGACAUGAGGACACUGAGACACUAGGGACACUGGCUGGGAGACAUAUGGACACUGGGAGACAUGGGGACACUGCGACACUAGGGACACUGAGAGACAUGGACACAUACACUGGGAGACUAGGGGACACUGGGUGCCAUGGAGACACUAGGAACAUUGGCUGGGAGACAUGGGGACACUAGGAGACAUGGGGACACUGAAACAUUUUGGGACACUGGGAGACAUGGGGACACUGAGACACUAGGGACACUGGCUGGGAGAUAUAGGGACACUGGGAGACAUGGGGACACUGAGACACUAGGGACCCUGGCUGGGAGACAUGUGGACACUUGGAGACAGAUAUUUGGGGACACUGGGACACAUGGGUACAAUGAGACUCUAGGGACACUGGGAGCUGUGGGGACACUGGGACACUGGCUGGGAGACAUGGGGACACUGGGAGACAUGGAGACACUGUGUCCCUAUUGUCUCCCAAUGUCCCUAUGUCUCACAGUGUCCCCUAGUGUCUCAGUGUCCCCAAGUGUCUCAGUGUCCCCAUGUUUCCCUGCUGCCUUUCCCCCCCAUCCUUCACUUCCCUGAGCUGUUGUCUGUCUGCAGACUGGGAGCUGCUGUCUGAACUCUCUGUGCUGUGUAGCUGCUCCCCUGCGGAUCAGCGAGUAGAGAGAGGCAGGGAGGGAUAUGCUGUAACUUCCUAUUCCUGCCUCUCUCCACACAUAGUGACCCCUACUGGCUGGUGCUGGUAUUGCAGAGUAAUCUCCAUUUAUACUGAGAAAAAUAUCUGCAUUUGUAUUUCCGGUAUUACUACAAUACUGGCACGGCCAGGCAGCCCUAAAUACCGCCUGUGCUGGUAAAUUACCAGUCAGGUGGCAAACCCAAGAGUAGUGUGUAAAAAAAAAAAAAUAUAUUUUUUUUUAAAUGGGCCUAUUCCAUGGGCCUGGGCCUGGAGGUGCACCUCCAUCAGCCCCUAUGUUAAUCCGGCCCUGGGUACACCACACACCAAAUAGUUUCCUCAAUAAGCAGUAGAGCUAUCUGAUAACUCUUCAUGCUGUAAGUGUAUCCAUUCCUUUAUCUCCAGGCAAUAUCAUCAAAUAUAUUACACUAUAUACCUUUCCUGCUGUCCCCAUCUCACGUUACAUUCUUUCCUAUACUUAGAAUCCUUUCAAGGUGGUAUUCCGGCCUUUACAUGUGAGUUUACUGCUCAGAAGCUUACUAACAUCUUAGUGAUGGAUGUAAAAGAGUUAAAGAACAGGUCACUGCAGUGCAUAAAAAGUCUCAAUUAACCCCCAAAUGCAGCCACAUAGCGCUAACAGUUCUUUUAAGCAUAAAGUAGAAACUUCAAGAUAAAAAAAGCAAUGUCCUUCGGUUCACCUUUGUCAGUGCACAAUGUCUUUCCAAUGCAUGCAUUACAUAAAGAAAUGGAAAUGAUCAGAUUCAUGACUUUUUGAUAAAAAGUAAAUAUGUUCGUUUUCAGACAGUUAUAUGAAAGACUCAUUUUUUACUUUUUAUAAACUUAGUAUUUUUCAGAUAUUGCAGAACCUUCACAUCAGAAAAUAUUUAUCACCUUUCCUUUGGAAAUGAAGUUUUCUCAUCAAACCAUUACAGAGAAGAGAGCUGUCAAGGUAAUAUCAAAUGCUGCCCUUGGUGUGCAUGUUAAUGACACCAGCUGUUUAUUGUAAUAUUGGCUGCAUUGUUAUAUGUGUUACCUCCUAGGUACAGCUGCAGUCAAUCAGUCACCUGAAUGAUGUGAGAAGCUACCUGCAAACCGUACUGCAGCAUUACAAUGAAGAACUUGGACACCAGAAACUUAGCAUUGCUUUGUCAGAGAAUGUUGUGAUGGAGAUAAUACGCAUACAUAGAGUAUUAUCCAGUGAGCAUGGGUAAGUAGCAGAGCAAGGGGUAUAAUAAUCUGUCAUUGUUCUUCUAACUUUCACUGCUAAAUUCACUGCCAUUUAGGAGUUAAAUCACUAUUUGUUUCUGUAUAUGCAUCCUUAACCACACCUUUAAGUCUGCAUGAAAACAAAAUUGUUUCAUUUUCAAUCAGAUGCAACUUGUUUUUUAUCUCCUGCUCUGUAAAUUAAACUUCAAUGACAUACAGGAGGCUCUUGAUGAGUCUUGCAAGCUAUUAACCGAGCAAGGGAUAAGAAAAUUAUAAAUUAUACAUAAUUUGCAAUAACGGAAGUGUAAACAUUAGAUGACUACUACAGGAAGUGUUUAGGAAGGCUGUAUAAGUCGCAUGCAGGGAGGUGUGCCUAGGGCUGCAUAAACAAAGUGAUUUAACUCCUAAAUGGCAGAGAAUUGAACAAUAAGACUGCAGGGGCGUGUUCUAUACACAAAAACUUCUUCAUUAAGCUAAACUUGUUUUGGUGACUAUAGUGUCCCUUUAACCCCUUAAGGACACAUGACAUGUGUGACAUGUCAUGAUUCCCUUUUAUUCCAGAUGUUUGGUCCUUAAGGGGUUAAAUAUCUUUUUAGCCAUGAAAAUAUGUAUCAAUUAAUUAUCAUUAUUAGUAGUAUUAGUAAAAGUAGUAUUUUCGGUUUUUAAAUACAUUUUUACAUAAAUUACCUUGAUUUAUUUUGCCAGACUUGUAAUUUGUUCUUGUUGCAUCCCUUUAUCAGAGUUCCCUAUACCACAGCUUCUUCCUGCAUUAGAUCAUAUAGUACAUAGCCCCAAAAUAUGUCAUCUCACCGCUACCUCCUUACUUCACAGUAAUAUUAUUAUUAUAAUUCAUAUUCGUAACAACAUAUUCUGCAGCGCUUUACAAUUAUAGAAAGGGGAAGAGGAGAAGUUGGCCUAGCAUAAUAAGUAAUCAAAUAAAAGCCUAUUUUUAAUCUGUAUUUAACCAAUACAAUAUGCACAUGGAUUUAUAUGGUAGCGUGGGCAACACAGAACAUAUAUUAGUGCCAGGCUCCAUGUGAGAGUAGUAUGGAUCUGUCUUACAAGAUAUAAUGUUUGAAGAAAUACUGUUCUGUUGCCAAAAUCAAUUUAUUCUUUCUUCGAUCAAAAUCAGAUUUUUGCAUUUUGUUUUUGUGGUUCUUCAAAAUGCAUUAGAUUUUAAAUAUUUUUUAUUUACUUAUUCUUUAUUCGUUUUGUGUUUUCGGAGCAUUAUGUUAGCAACAAACGGUCAUAGACAGUACAGGCAGUAACAAAGUCACAAUUGGUACCAUGACUGUAAACAUAUUUUUCAACAAAUGUAAAAACUUUGUAGGUCAAACUUUUUUAAAGGAUCUAUGUAGAAUCACAUCAAAAUAUCAGGAUGCUAAAUCAUUCCUGUGCAAUUUGAUUAUUGGUUGAGAUUAGUCAUUGGAAGUUGAUUCAUAUUGUCAGUAAACCAUUGAUGAUUUUCAGAAAGGAGGCCCAUAAGGUAAAUUUAUAUUUGUUUAACUAAAAGUAGCCUUUUUUUUUUUUUUUAACAAAUUAGUACAGCAAAAUAUAUACAGAAUAUUUUGCAUCAUUUUUGUGUUGUAAUAAUAAAAGUAUGACAGAUCCUAUUGACCUACUUCCUUUUCCCCCCACAAUUGUUCCUUCGAUCACACUGACAUGGCAUGCAUAUUAGGUUGCAUCAUUUUGUGUAACGUUUGAAAAGCUUUUUACUGUUUCAUUGCAUUAUAGGGGCAAUGUUCUGUUGGUUGGAUCAGUGGGCUCUCAGCUAUCUACCCUGGUGAAGCUUGCUCUCUAUGUGGCUGACGUACCCCUUCAUCCUUUGGACACAUCCGGACACAACAAUUUUAUCAACAGUUUAAAGACAGCCAUUCAGAUCUCUGCUGUAGAAGGAAAACCAAAGGCCAUCUUGCUAACCGUACAUAUAAUAUUUUUGCAUUUUACUGUAUCUUAUGGUAUAAAAUUAUGAAUGACCUAUUUUCAACUAUUAAGCUGUUAGGUUUCUGUGAACAGAAAGUAAUGUCUUAUUUUACAUUCACAGUUGGGAUAUCAUCCAGCAGUGUUGUUAUGUGAAGAGUUAAUUGCAAUUUUGAUGAUUAGUGUAAUUAUCCUUAGUUCAGCUGCUCUAGCGGCCCCUGUUUGAGCUAAACAAUUUCUCGAUUUUUUUGUAGGAAUUAGUGCGAUCAGUUAUUAUAGCAAUAAUCAGUUGCCUGCUAUGUUCAAUCACACGAUAAUUGCAGUAAUGAUUAAAGCCCUGAUUAUUAUCUUGUUAGUCAUAUAUUCAAAGAGCGUAGAUCACUGAGGAAACAAAAGGCCAUUGUUUAGUAAAAUAUAUAUAAUUUUUAUUUUAUAUAUUAACUCCGUAUUUCAGUAUAAAAACGAAAGCUAAUGAAAUGUUAACUAAGUGAAUUCAAAUGACUUGGCAACAUCCUAGCCUAUUUUUUGCCCAAUCUAUUUGGUUGUGAUGGCAUUGUUUCUUUCCAUACCAUCUGGAGUCUAUCCAGUAACGUCUAACUUGGACCCAAUUGGAUACUGAACUGUUUGAACUGGGUGAAAUAGGUGACUUUGGGAAAAGUGAGUCAUUUGCUGUAACAGAGCUCCUGUACUCUGACCAUGUACCUCCACCCAAUCCGCUUCCUAACCAUUGCGGAGGAAGGCUGGAGUCUCUCCAGAAAUAUUUUAUCCAACCAGACUCUUCUUCCAAACAGGUAUCGUCCCCUCUGCCUAUUCAACUGCAGCUUUCCUUCCGGGCAGGUAUUAUUCCCUCUGCCUAUUCUUCUGCAUCUCUGCUUAUAGUGAUUGCUCCUGUCUUUAUACAGACAUUUGCGGCACUCAGGCCUAACUCUCUUGAUUUACCUCUGGUCCAGAGGGAUUGUGCAGCCAGCCAACAGGUCUGAAGACUUUGUUACUGGAAUGCCUAAAAAUCCACACAGGACACACCGUUCCAAAAGGAACUAACAUACAAAACGUUAUUUUGAGCUAGGUCUAUCCCUAUGGGACUUAAACAUGUGGUGACAAACAUUUAGAAUACAAAUACAUAGAACAUUAGCAAAUGAGCAAUUAAAAUGAAUACAUUAACUAUAUAAAACAAAGAACAUUUUUAAACACAAUAAAAAGCAAUACUAUAUACAUUUAAUCCCAUAUUUGGUUACCCUCAUUUUGCAAAUGUCCACACUUAUUUCAGUGACUCCUGGUACCAGGUCCACAGCCUGUGAAUAAGAGGCCAUGGCAUGAAGGCUUCUGUCACAGUGAUUAAAGUCUUUUUAGACAUGGCUCUUUACAGUUGCCAGGAAAUAGAAAAAUAUACAACUAUACAAACAACCCUAGGGGGAAACAGUUUGUGAUCAAUGUGUCUGCAAUAAUUUCACGUGGAUUUGUGAAGUUUCCUUUUGAUCAGUUUUGAUAUCACCAGAUUUUCUGUAUACUUAGGGCAAUUAAAGGACCACUCUAGGCACCCAGACCACUUCAGCUUAAUGAAGUGGUCUGGGUGCCUGGUCCUUCUAGGGUUAACCCAUUUUUUAAUAAACAUAGCAGUUUCAGAGAAACUGCUAUGUUUAUUAAUGGGUUAAGCCUUCCCCCUAAUCCCUCUAGUGGCUGUCUCAUUGACAGCCACUAGAGGCGCUUGCGUGCUUCUCACUGUGAUUUUCACAGUGAGAGCACGCCAGCGUCCAUAGGAAAGCAUUAUGAAUGCUUUCCUAUGUGACCGGCUGAAUGCGCGCGCAGCUCUUGCCGCGCGUGCGCAUUCAGCCGAGGGGCGGAACGGAGGCGGAGAGAAGGAGGAGAGCUCUCCGCCCAGCGCUGGAAAAAGGUAAGUUUAAACCCCUUUCCCCCUUCCAGAGCCGGGCGGGAGGGGGACCCUGAGGGUGGGGGCACCCUCAGGGCACUAUAGUGCCAGGAAAACGAGUAUGUUUUCUUGGCACUAUAGUGGUCCUUUAAGAUAAGAUAAAUUACAGCUCCAGAGGGACAUACAUGACCCCUGUUUGGCUUUAGCCAAUAAAGGUAUCACUUCUGCUAUUUUAGUCUCAUUUAGUUAUCUGGAUAAAACACAUAUCUUAUAUUAAUAUUACAUAUUAUUUUAAUCCUGGAGCUUAUGCUUUGUAUUAAAGGGACUAUAGUGUUAAGAAUAGAAAUCUGCAUUCCUAACAUUACAGUGUCUUUCUACCCCAUGCCCUUCCCAGCCAUGUAAAGGGUUGAAACCCCUUUAAACACUUACUUGAUUUCAGCACCGAUGUUCCUCUGUGCUGGGUCGGCUCCUCCUCCAACGUCUGCCACUGGAGGUAACCGAAUGCACAUGCGUGGUUAGGCCUUCCCCAUAGGAACACAAUUCUUUUCUGUGGGUUUUUUUCUACACGCUGGGCGUACUCAGCAAAGCUUGUGGACAUCCAGCGUUGUUUCAGGGAGUCCAACUCUGUGAAACAGCAGGAAGCACAGUUAGUGGGUGUCUGGUAGACCACAACUAGAAGCAGUCUUAACCCUGCAAUGUAAACAUUGCAGUUUCUUUAAAACUACAAUGUUUUACAUUGCAGGGUUAAGGGAACAGGAUCACUGCACCCAUGCCACAUCAUUGAUAUGAAAUGGUCUAGGUAUCUAUAGUGGCCCUUAAAAGUAAAUAUAAAUUAUGCUUAUGUUAUAAAUCCCCUAAAGUUAAACCAAUUAAAAGGAAAACUGGAGAAACACAAUGGAGAAACACUACUUUCAUCUCUCUGUAAUAAAUCUCAAUGCUCCCUAAUUUUGGUCUUUAUUUAAUUAUUUGGAUUUUGAAAUUAUUUCAUAUAUUUAUUUAAACUUUAAAAUGCUUUAAUAUUUUGAAAAAUAUUUUAAUAUGUUGAUAUAUUUUGAAAUAUAGAUAUACAUUUUCUAUAUGGUUUAUUAUUUUUAAUAUUUAAAAAAAAAAAAAAAACUUUAAAAUUAAUGAAAUUCCCAUCUGAACAAAGUCCCGAAUUGCGUCCUAACAUGAAUGGACAAACUGUUCUCAUUCUGUUAGGAUGAAAUUUGGUAGUUUCACCGACAUUCGAACGCCGAACAAGCAGCAGGAGGAAGGUGAGAAUUGUAUGGAAAUUGCUUUGACCACAGGAAACAGAGUGGACUUUGCUCCUCUCCUGGGUCAUCAUAGCUGUUCAAGCGUAGGAAAAAUACAUAAGACAAAAUAGUCCCUACUUUGUCUUAUGUUUUAAAGAAAACUAGAGCAGAUAGGAAGAAAUGAAGAACAGAUCCUCAGAGAGGGAGAGAAGAGGGAUCGCUUGGGGAAAGGUAAGUUCGGCAUGACAGUGCCACUUUAAGAACAUGAUUCCACUUUGAAUUCAAUAGUGAAUUCUCCAACCUUUUAUCCACAUGGUCUUCCUUCGUUAAACCUUGAUUUCUCUUAGUUAUACCUCGCCUGCAAGAUUUCUCUAGGGCUGCACUGUUCCUGUGGAACUCCCUUCCCUUCUCCAUUAGACAUUAACCCAGUCUCCACUCCUUCAAAAUAUCAUUUAAAACUCCCUUUUUCACAAAAGCAUCAAUUAAACUGUUAAUGGCUCCAAUAAACCCCACACUAAGUCUUCAUCGAAUACUAUUCUACCAAUCUUCUUCCCUAAUACUUCCCUUUUUUGUCACUUUACCCCACCCCCUCUAGCAUGUAAGCUCAUUGAGCAAGGCCCUCAACCCCUCUGUUUCUGUGCAUAAAACUAGUCUGGUUAUAAUUAAAUGUUUGUUAGUCCACCCAUUUCAAAGUGCUAUGGAAUUUGUUGGCGCUAUAUAAAUAUAAUAAUAAUAAAUAAAUAAUAAUAAUUUGUCAAGUUGACCCAAAUUAGUAUUUACACAGCCUGGCUUGUAAACAGACCUUCUUUUGCAUCAAAUGAUCAAAGAGGUCCCUUUGGCUUCUAAAAGGUGGCUACAGCAGUACACUUCUGCCUUCAGCUAGCUAAAGGAGUUGUACCCUGAAAUGGCAGUGCUAAAAUUUCACAUUUACAGGGUUAUUCGCUAAAGUGAGUAUUGUCAGAAAUGUAUAAUCAGUUUCCAAUUUAAUGUCAAAAUAGUGUAACUGGAAGUAUAACUGACUUGGAUAAUUGUUCCAAUUCGACUGUUUUGGCCUUAAAUUUGAAAUUCACUUUAAGUUUUAAAUGAUUGUCACUUUAGUGAAUAACCCAGUGUGACUCAUAGACCUAUAAUAUCUGAUAUUAUUAACUUUGAUUUAGAUUAAAUAUCUGUAUUGCUAUUGUAAAUGUGCAUUUUAGCAUUAUUAUAAGUUGUUUUUUAGGAUGUUUUCAAUUAAAAAACUAAUUAUAUGUUGCAUUGUUCUGUGAAAAACAGGCUAAAGAACUGGUCAAUGACAGCUAUCUGGAUAUCAUUAACAGUCUACUGAUAUGUGGGGAGUAUGCCUCAUUGUUUUCAUCUGAAGAAAUGAAUGACCUUUUGCAAGUAAGUCCAUAUCUACAUACAACCAAAAUGAGAGUGUGAGCUUGUGUUCUAAGCUUAGAGGGCCUUAAUGGAAAGGGUGCUUAUGCUGCAUUGCAUGCCAGCCAUUGCCUAGGUCAGCAGCUAUGGUACCCAACAAUGUUUCUAAUGAUAUUAGAAUGUAAACAGAGUUCACCAGAUGAUAAUAGAUGCUACAUUUUGAAAUGUCAUUAUUCAUUUGUUUUAUAUUGUACAUUAUAAAAAGGUGAUAUAAAUAUCUCAUAUAGGGGGGCGGGGCCUGAGCAUCAUAGCGGUGAGACAUGUUUAACAUGGGCUCCCGCACAAUCUUGAGGAAUACAGCUCUCUACAGCCCUUACAUGCUCGAUCAGGACUGGCAAAGGCAACCAACCUAGCCCUUACCAAGGAGAAUAUACAGAGUGGUGAUCAGCAACCCAUUUGGAGCCUGCAUACCCCUGGUUGCCUGGUGCAUGUUGUGCGGAAGAAGUGGUCGAUCCCCUAUCCCGGUGAUGCCCAGGGGCCGUUAGGGUUGUGCACAUUCCCCGUAACCCCUCCUUGGACUGGUGGGGGUGAUCCCGGUCCUCCCAUGGGAGGCUACACGAUGUUGUGAGAGCGCAGGGCGAAGCAGCAGGGAUGGGGAUACCAUGCAGUGCCUCUUCCAAGAUGGCGGACGCAGCCUGCAUCAAUGGUCCCAGUGAGGCUGCACUUGAUGUCCUGGCCAAACUAGACAGUAUAUUCACAGAGUUCUGGUGAAAGCUGGAGCAAAGAUCGUACCAACUUGCCUCAGUGCAGCUGAGCAGAUACUCGCCACGGCGAAGCACUCUCCAAGUGACCUCGGCUCUAGCAGCUCAGAUGGCCCCAAGUUGGCGGCGGAGAGCACAACGCACAUCAUUCCUGACCAAGGUGGCAUGGAAACAAAUAGCAAGACAGUUUACAUUUGAAGCAUGGGGAGCCCAGACCUUGUCCUCAGCCUGUACCAGUCUGCCCACUCCAAAUCAUGGAGACCUGCAGUAUCUAUCUCUGAUUCAGGACUAUGUACUGCCCACAGUGGGAAUAGGAUGAAGCAGAAUUAGGAACUGGACAAUAUUCAGUUUCUGGCUCCAUACCUGAACCCAUCAUACUAGUGUCUUCUCUGUCCUAAUGCCUGAUCUUUUAUGUUGUGAUCUUUGUGUUCUUGUGCCUUACGCACCUCAUUAGGAUACCUAUAUUUUCACUUUACCCUCAGGGGGGCCUCUCAUGGGAGCCAUCUUGAUAAAUCAAUCAUUAUUUCUCUCUUGUUCCUUAUCGCUAAUUCUAUAAUGACUUAGUACAUUUCGCUUUAUCAUUUGCCCCAAACCUCAUCUAAAUUAAUUAGUCUUUUCUACACUCUAACCUAUAAUAUGCGAUAUAUAUUAUUGUUCAGUUUGUCACUGAGUAACCCAUUGAUGCUAUUUAACUACAUAUUAGAAAAAAAACUGCAGUUGUUUAAACAUUGUUUUACACUGUACCACUUUAUUAGGUUCUGGGGCCAGCUCUCAGACGAAAACAUCCACAUCUUGGUUAUGACCCAGCAAGGUACCUUGUUUCUCAAGUGAAGUCUCUUCUUCGGAUAAUGGUUUGUCUUCCACCAAACCACAUACUUUUGAAGACUGCCUCAAGGUAAAUCUGCAAUUAGAAAUAAUUACUUGAGCUGCUAUCUGUAGCUGAAGGUGGUGAAAUGCCACGAAUUGGGAAUACAGUGUCAAAAAAAGGGCCUGUGAAACACUGUUAAACCACUUCAUUGUUCAGCUAGUGUGAAUAUUAUAUAAAAUUUAAAAUCUAUAUGUGAACAAUCACAGUGAGGCAGGAUGCAUUUUCUACAUUAUCAGUUUAAGACUUCCAUGUUAAAGGACCACUAUAGUGCCAGGAAAACAUACUCGUUUUCCUGGCACUAUAGUGCCCUGAGGGUGCCCCCACCCUCAGGGACCCCCUCCCGCCCGGCUCUGGAAGGGGGAAAGGGGUAAAAACUUACCUUUUUCCAGCGCUGGGCGGAGAGCUCUCUGCCUCCUCUCCGCCUCCGUUACGCCCCGCCGGCUGAAUGCGCACGCGCGGCAAGAGCUGCGGCAUUCAGGUCAUAAAGCAUUUACAUGCUUUCCAUGGGCGUUGCUCACUGUGAAAUCACAGUGAGAAACGCAAGCCUCUAGUGGCUGUCAAUGAGACAGCCACUAGAGGAUUAGGGGGAAAGCAACCCAUUCAUAAUUAUAGCAGUUUCUCUGAAACUGCUAUAAUUAUGAAAAAAUGGGUUAAGCCUAGCUGGACCUGGCACCCAGACCACUUCAUUAAGCUGAAGUGGUCUGGGUGCCUAGAGUGGUCCUUUAAUGAUCCAAUCCUUAAUAUAAUAGUUUUUGGUAAGACUGGGAUUUAAUCCCAUUUUACUUACUUCCAUUCUGAUUUUUCAGUUCUCCUUUGAUCUAUUUCCUUAAGCAGUGUUUUAACUAUUGUAUGGUAUUUUGUAGCUGUUUAUGAAUAGUUAAACUUUUUUUAUAUACUUAAUGCCAUAUUGGGCAUUAGAAGCUUGUACACUUCCAUUUUUAUUUUUUUUAUUAAAAAAAAAAAAAGAUUUCAAAUAAGAAUAAACUUCCUUGGAACCCACAUUAUUUCUUCCCUUUCCAUGGUGCAAUCACAUCCUUCUCUGUGAGAAGUAUUUGAUUGGACAUAUCUCCAAGCUUUAAGCACAUGCAUGCACUCUGAGCCAAACAGGCAAGGGAGAGAGUGGGUGGUGGACAAGGAAUUUGUUUAAAAAAAAUAAGGUAUCCAGGGAGGUGGGGAAGUCUGAAAUGAGGAAGGGAGGGACAUUUAAGCUCCCCCUUUACAAGUAUGCUUCCAGCAUUGCCAGCAAGGGUAAAAGCUAAUUUUAUCGCUGAUGACAGAUGUUAUUUUUGCACAGAAUUAAAAUUAGGCAUAGUUCCAGGUUACCUAAAUCACGUGUGCUGAGGGUUUAACUAGCCCUUGGCACAAAACUUCUGAAACGCUGCACUUAUAGAUUGCUUGCUCCAUGACGACUUCUAAAAGCAAAAGUGGUCAUGGACAUUGAAGUAUCCUUUUAAUAUAAAAUUACCAUCAAUAUACAGUAUUUUGUAUCAUCUAUCAUCUAAUAAUGCAUUGUAAUUCUACCACAUGCAUGGUUAACAUGUUACUUUUAUUAGUGGAAAACAAAUGUCAUGCUUACUGUAUUUACAAUAUGUGUAUACCUGGCACAAGCUUUAAAAACACCUUUAGAAAAUAAUGUAUUUACAUUUUAGGAAAUAUCCAGGAUUUUUAAAUGGUUGCCAACUAAUGUGGAUUGAUAGCUGGUCACAAGAUGCUAUUAACUCAGAAGCCAAACACUAUAUAAUGCAGCACCAAGUUAUGGAGACCCAUACAGAGGAGACACGGUAACAUAGCACUAAUUGUAUUAUUGUAAAGAAAACCCCACUAUUUAUAUUAUUCAUAUACCUCUCAUGAAUAACAGUUUUAUUUUUGCAGAGAAAGGGUGGCUUUGGCCAUUUCAUUGAUCCAUAAAUUCAUGCUGAAAGAAAAUAAUCAGGUACUGUGGGCUGAAGACGCUGCUCAACACAUAUCUGGUGACAAUGCAAAAGAAUUAAAGAGAGAAGAGGACAAAAUGGGGGACAAACGUCUUGCUCAUUUACCAUACUGCAAAGAUAUUGUUCAGGUAUCAACUACUAUUCACCUUUUUAAAUUAUAUAACAUAUAUAUAUAGUACAUAAAAUAUAUAAUAUAUUUACAUCUAUGCAAAGAGUAUAUUAUUGUAUUGUAAAUAUAUUACAUGCAUACACAACCUGCAUAUCUUAAGUUGAACUUUAAAGAAUCUUCCUUACGCACAUAAACUCAAGAAAUCGUGUUUCCAUAACUAUCCCAGAGUUUCCAGCCUGAUAUGCAAAUGUGUAUAGACAGGCAUCAUGUCUCAGACUUCAUAUUGACUUUCUGUAGAUACUCUUAGCAAUGGAUGCUAUUUUAAACACAGGAGUUUUUUUUUUUUUUUUUAUCAAUUCAUGGACUAUGAUCCAAAAGGAACAGAGACCAGAAACCUAGCAUAGACUGCAGUUUUGACCUUGUGAUCAUAUGCAUUGUUGCAAACUGAAAAAAAGCCUAUUAUGCACAGCAUACAUAUAUAUAUAUAUAUAUAUAUAUAUAUAUAUAUAUAUAUGUAUAUUUUAGAGCAGCGUCUUGGCCACACAUGCAUGUACUUUUCAUGUUUUCAUUUAUACAUUUAUAAUGAAAUUGCUGCACAUGCUUUUUUUUUUGCCAUUUUCUAAAAAUCAUGCAUCUGAAAUCUUUUUCCAUUAGUUAAAGGACCACUCUAGGCACCCAGACCACUUCAGCUUAAUGAAGUGGUCUGGGUGCCAGGUCCUUCUAGGCUUAACCCAUUUUUUCAUAAUUAUAGCAGUUUCAGAGAAACUGCUAUAAUUAUGAAUGGGUUAAGCCUUCCCCCAAAGCCUCUAGUGGCUGUCUCAUUGACAGCUACUAGAGGCGCUUGCGUGCUUCUCACUGUGAUUUUCACAGUGAGAGCACGCCAGCGUCCAUAGGAAAGCAUUGUAAAUGCUUUCCUAUGCGACGGGCUGAAUGCGCGCGCAGCUCUUGCCGCGCGUGCGCAUUCAGCCGGCGGGGAGGAUCGGAGGCGGAGAGGAGGAGGAGAGCUCCCCGCCCAGCGCUGGAAAAAGGUAAGUUAUUACCCCUUUCCCCCUUCCAGAGCCGGGCGGGAGGGGGUCCCUGAGGGUGGGGGCACCCUCAGGGCACUAUAGUGCCAGGAAAACGAGUAUGUUUUCCUGGCACUAUAGUGGUCCUUUAAGCUCCUCUUUGUUGAUGAAUAAGUGGCUAUUUUGUAAAAACAUAUAUUUCUUGUUGCAUUCCCUAAAUUUCCCUUUCUACUUUAAUUAAUGUCAGCUGGUGUUUCUUUUCUACAGACUGAAUGGAUUGAACUGUAUUAAAUCUAAUUAGUUUCUAUCAUGCAACAAUCAGAUCCCCAUGUGUCCUGGAAUUUAAUCCUAUGCUUGUACCUUGCCAUAGUCUCUAUAAGACGUAUCCAUUCGUUAUCCUAUCAAUGACUAAUAUGUAUUUUCUUCAUUGCUUUGUCACCCAUUUUUUUUUAUUACUGGCUCCUUCCUACAUUUAAUAUGUUCUGGCUUCCCAUCUAUAAAGAAUCAAUGCUUUAAGAGUGAUACCUGCCUAUGCAAAAACUCACUCUGACCCUUACUUACUGCAUAAGCACUUUCUAAAAAACUAUGUGCCCUGUACAGAAACAAAUCCUGCCUCUAUACAGAAUGCACCUGCCGUGGUUGAAUAUAUUUAUUACCUAUUAUGUUUUAAAUUUAUAUAUGUGGGUAUGUAUGUAUGUGUGUGUGUAUAUAUAUAUAUAUAUAUAUAUAUAUAUAUAUAUAUAUUGUAUUUUUUUUAUUUUUGUAAUAUUGUACCCUAUUGUAACAAUGCAAUGUUUUGUGGACCUAAGACAUAUUUGAAAAUGAGAGAAAUCUCAAUGUAUCCUUCCUGGUAAAAUAUUUUAUAAAUAAAUUAAUAAAUAAAAAGCAUUACUUCUCAUCCCAGGAAAGAAUUGAGCUCUUAGCUACAAAGGAAAUGGUUGCUAAACAUGAUACUGGCUUUAUUGGACCAAACACAUUACAGAUAUUCUUGGACAACUUUAAACAUAUCUUCAGGGAGAAAGUGACCAAGCAGGAAAAUACCACUCAUCAAAUACAGUAAGUGAAUAUUCGUCUUUCAAGCAUAAAGAUUUAUAAUCAGAAUUAGUAAUACUAUUUUAUAGCAAAUUAAACCCAGUAUGUGACAUUACUAUAGCCACCCCUGUGUUUAACUGACAUUAUAUAAGAUGUUGUAGUAUGAAUAGAAAUAAAAGACUAUAAUGUUUUGUAUGCUCUUAUUAAGACUUGUUUAAGAAAUGUUCUAUGUAAAAAUAUUGUUAGUCAAUGUGAUUCGUGUAGUGGAUACACAGAAUUGUUACUCAAUAGAGGUGUCAUGAUAAAUUCAUAAGGUGAACUGUGUCUGGGAAGAGAUUGAUUAAAACGUGUUGGUGUCUUUAAAACACCCUGAAAAAUAUGAGCAAUUAAGUCAUGUUUUAUUUUCAUGUUUGUAAACCAAGCAGUUUGAAGGUAUUUACAACUAGUGCUGGUCAAAGGAUGAGUGCUCUUUAUUAUCGGGCUUUAUCAUUCCUAUGUAUGUGUUGUUGAAGGCAGUUUGAAGCAAGUUCCUGGACAAUCAGGACUCAGGAGGAUAGGUUAGAUGAACAUGUGUGAGUGAAGGAAGAGAGCCAUAGGAGGCUGAAACGAAAUACAAUUAAACAAUACUAGCUGUCACCACAGGGCAGUGUUGUUGGGGAGUGUAGAGUCAUAGGCCACCAGGAGCACAGGAUAUACACUCACCAAUUAAAGUAAUUGAAGCUGCAGAAAAGUUGUGUGAGAGACCGGAAUCUUCAGAAUAGAGUGACCGUGGUACACUUUGUUGCGUCAAUGAGUCGAAGGUGUGCACUGGGUCUGGGUAAAUUAUCUGUUGUAAGUCACUCAACUUAAAGUAAUUCAAUAGCCUUGACAAGUGUAACGAGAAUAUACCCCUACACGCAGGAUCCAGCUAAACAGAGGCAAAUACAGAGGAGAGAUACGUCUACCGGACCUUAGAAUGGCCGGACUCGACGUAUAUGAGAGGAGACAGAGCCAGGAACAAACCGAGGUCAAGGGCACAGAGAGACAGCGAAAACUAGGACAAGCCGGGGUCUGGUACACGGAAAACAGCAAGCCGGCAAACAGUACAGAUAAGGAUAAAGCGAAAACGAAGUCAGAAUACGAAGCCAAAGUCAAUGCGAGAAAACACAACUGAACACCACAAGCGCUAAAGGGAACUGAAACAGAAACCACGAUAGGGCAACGAGCUAAGGGAAAAAGGUAAGUUUAAAUAGCUUUUAAGCGAAAGUGAUUGGCUCCUGUCACUUCCACCACACCCCCAAAAGGUAAUUGUAUAGGGAGCGUGGUAUGACAGGAGCCAAUGGGAGCCUUUUGGCAAUUAGGCUCCCACUGUCUCUUUAAGAGCGCGCCCGAGACUCGCGGCGCGCUCUUAGUUUCAGGCGGGACACGUGACCGCUUAACGCGGUCACUGCCCGCCUUCCAUCUAAAGUAGUCGGAUGAGCCGCGCGCGGCUCGUGCAGCCGCAGGACCGCGCGCGGCUUGAAGAGAGGACUGCGACCGGCCCCCGGUUAAGGUAAGUAACGCUACAGUACCCCCCCCUGAGGACACGCCCUCCGGGCGGGUAGGACCAGGCCUGGCAGGAAAACGAGAAUGGAAAGAGCGCACAAGACGGGGAGCAUGAACAGCAUCAGCCGAAAUCCAACCGUGCUCCUCAGGCCCAUAACCCUUCCAAUGUACCAAGUACUGAAGUCGACCCCUAAGGAAACGAGAGUCAAGAACAGCAGACACUUCGAACUCCUCAUGACCCUCCACUGAGAUAGGAGGGGGAGGAGGAGUAUGCCGGGUAUAGCGGUUGCGUACGUAAGGUUUCAACAAUGAGGUGUGAAAAACAUUAGGAAUACGUAGAUUCUUAGGCAGGCCUAAGGCAUAAGAAACAGGAUUAACCUUAUGUAUAAUACGAUAAGGUCCAAUGAAGCGGGGAGCCAAUUUCAUAGAAGGCACCCGGAGACGAAUAUUCCGCGUGGAAAGCAGUAGUUUUGAACUGUCUGGACAGAGCGUCUGCUUUAGUGUUGCGAUCACCUGGCCUAUAGGUGAUAAUAAAAUUGAAACGGGACAAAAAUAGUGACCACCUAGCCUGCCUGGAAGACAAUCUUUUGGCUUCGCUAAGGUAGGAUAGGUUCUUGUGAUCCGUAAAAAUGAGGAUGGGAUCCUUAGUUCCUUCUAACAAAUGUCUCCACUCUUUAAGUGCUAAAAUAAUAGCAAGGAGUUCGCGAUUACCCACAUCAUAAUUUUUCUCUGCUUUGGACAUUUGUUUAGAAAAGAAGCCACAUGGAUGCAAUGGCUUUUCAGGCGACUCUCUUUGGGAUAAGACAGCACCUACCCCAAUAUCCGAAGCAUCAACUUCAAGAAUAUAGGGCAGUGAGGGGACAGGAUGCUGUAAAAUAGGUGCAGAGGCGAACGUAGUUUUAAGAAAUUCAAAGCCUGAAGUGCCUCGGUAGACCAAACACGAGUAUUGCCAUCCUUUUUAGUCAUACGGGUAAUAGGUGCUACAAUGGACGAGAAACCUUUGAUAAAACGUCUAUAAUAAUUGGAGAACCCAAGAAAACGCUGAAUAGCUUUCAGACCUAGCGGUAGAGGCCAUUCUAUUACAGCAGCAAGCUUCUGGGGAUCCAUACGAAAACCUUUAGCGGAAAUCAAAUACCCCAAGAACUGGACUUCGGUUUGGUCAAAUAGACAUUUUUCUAGCUUGCAAUAAAGACCAUUAGCAAGAAGGGUCUUCAAAACUGUCGUAACAUGUCUGUGAUGAGUGUGUAUAUCUGUAGAAUAUAUUAAAAUGUCGUCCAAGUAUACGAUAACAAAUGUGUGAAUAAAAUCUCUUAAGACAUCAUUAAUAAAUUCUUGGAAUACAGCUGGGGCAUUGCAAAGCCCAAAUGGCAUAACAGUAUAUUCGUAAUGACCGGAUCUAGUGUUGAAUGCAGUCUUCCAUUCGUGAUUCUCCUUUAUACGUAUCAAAUUGUAUGCACUCCUAAGGUCUAAUUUAGUGAACACAGUGGCAUGUUUCAGCCUGUCAAAUAAUUCUGUAAUUAAAGGUAUAGGGUAUGCAUUUUGAUAGUGAUUUUGUUUAGACCUCUAUAAUCUAUACACGGUCUUAAAUCACCUUCUUUCUUCGAUACAAAGAAGAACCCUGCUCCAGCUGGAGAAGAGGAUCUCCUAAUAAACCCCUUUUCUAGUGAUUCCUUAAUAUACUCCUCCAUGACACGGUUUUCUUGAACCGAUAAGGGGUACACCCUGCCCUUUGGAGGUAUAGUGCCAGGCAACAAGUCAAUAGCGCAAUCAUAGGGUCUGUGAGGCGGUAAUUUCUCAGCCUCCCUUUUAUCGAAAACAGUCUUUAGAGAUAAAUACUAAGGGGGUAUAACCGUAGACAAAGGAGGACUGGUAGGUACCUCUAUAGAAUUCAAAGGUGUGACUUCCAACGUACAAGACUCGUGGCAGGCCUCACUCCAUGAUUUUAUUUGCCCUGUCUCCCAGUCAAAAAUGGGAUUGUGAGCACGUAACCAUGGAUACCCUAAUACUAACUGUGAAGAGGGAGAGGUGAUGACCUGGAAUCGAAUGGUUUCAUAGUGUAAAACCCCUGUGUACAUGUGUAAUGGUACAGUCUCAUGAGUAACAACUGGAGAACUUAAUGGUCUACCAUCUAUGGCCUCAACGGCCAAGGGUAUCUCCUUCUCUCUGAUGGGAAUGUUGUUUCUCUUUAUAAAGCCAGAGUCUAUAAAAUUUUCAGCUGCCCCAGAGUCAACCAGAGCAUAUAUGUUGUCAACUAUACAAAUCUCUCCCAUAUAUAAAGAAACCGGGAGAAGCAAGCGGUUAGGAGGCAAUUUAGGAGACUUAGAUAUCACACCCAAGGCCAGUCCCCUAUAAGGUCUUAGGUGCGAGAGUUUUCCGGGAGUAAAGGACAUUCCUUUACCAUAUGGUCUCUCCUACCACAGUAUAGGCAGAGUCCCUCCCUUCUCCUAUGUAAUUUCUCAGUAUCAGAGAGUUUGGCAGCCCCUAAUUGCAUAGGUUCCUCCUCAGACACUUUAACACUCUCUGGUAUAUUAACUCUGGGGUUAAUGGGUGUAACAAAACGUCUAUUCCUGUUCUUGGUAUAGAGCCUGUCACGAAUUCUAUUAUCUAUAUCAAUGAGGUAAUCGAUAAGGUCCUCUAAGGCAAUAGGAAGCUCCUUAGCUGCUACCUCAUCCAAUAUCGUAUCUGACAAACCUUCCAUAAAGGCAGUAGUUAACCCAUUGUUGGUCCAAUCUACCUGCGAAGCAAGAGUGCGAAACUGAAUAGCAUAAUCAGCCACAGACCUAGAACCCUGUUUAAUUCUCAUUAAUGCUCUCGCGGCAUUCUUUGACCUUUUCAUUGUGUCAAAAGUUCUACGAAAAGCCGUAAGAAAACUGUUGAAAUCAUGUACCAUAGGUCCAUUAGCUUCCCAAAUAGGAUUUGCCCACUCAAGUGCCUUAUCGGUAAGUUGGUGCAUAAAGAACCCAACCUUAGACCUCUCUGUGGGAAAUGAACGUGGAUACAUUUCGAAGUGGAAUUCAAUUUGAUUAAUAAACCCUCUGCAAGUCUUAGAGUCCCCUCCAUACCUAGGAGGAGGUGUUAAAUGGGCCGAAGUAUUAGGCAAAGUAGAUACUUCAGGGAGAAGGGGCGUAGGAGGGUUAGGUGUAGUUGCUGGAACGGUUCUAGCUAGGAGCGUCUGGAGAGCCUGAGCUAUCUGAUCCAUACGGUGAUCCUGCUCUACAAAUCUUGCCUCAUGGGACGCCAUCUGUUGAGCUAAAUCUGCGGGGUCCAUGGCCCUAUCGUAAUGUAACGAGAAUAUACCCCUACACGCAGGAUCCAGCUAAACAGAGGCAAAUACAGAGGAGAGAUACGUCUACCGGACCUUAGAAUGGCCGGACUCGACGUAUAUGAGAGGAGACAGAGCCAGGAACAAACCGAGGUCAAGGGCACAGAGAGACAGCGUAAACUAGGACAAGCCGGGGUCUGGUACACGGAAAACAGCAAGCCGGCAAACAGUACAGAUAAGGAUAAAGCGAAAACGAAGUCAGAAUACGAAGCCAAAGUCAAUACGAGAAAACACAACUGAACACCACAAGCGCUAAAGGGAACUGAAACAGAAACCACGAUAGGGCAACGAGCUAAGGGAAAAAGGUAAGUUUAAAUAGCUUUUAAACGAAAGUGAUUGGCUCCUGUCACUUCCACACCCCCCAUAGGUAAUUGUAUAGGGAGUGUGGCAUGACAGGAGCCAAUGGGAGCCUUUUGGCAAUUAGGCUCCCACUGUCUCUUUAAGAGCGCGCCGCGCCGCUUAGUUUCAGGCGGGACACGUGACCGCUUCACGCGGUCACUGCCCGCCUUCCAUCCAAAGCAGUCGGAUGAGCCGCGCGCGGCUCGUGCAGCCGCAGGACCGCGCGCGGCUUGAAGAGAGGACCGCGACCGGCCCCCGGUUAAGGUAAGUAACGCUACAGAUUGUGAAUGGAUGUGUGUCCAUAAUCUAUUUCUAUUGUUACUACAGUACAAUAAUCCAUUCUAUCUCCAGUUAUCAUGAAGAUCACUUCCUAAAGCUGAAGGAUUUAGAAAUCAAUAUAUAUUUCCCAGAUAGUUUAUAAACUGGGAGUUGUAUAUUAUCUCAUCAUAUUUCUGGGGCACAGCAGCAUAUCUUGUUAGUUAACAUAAUCUUUGAAAGCUGUAAAAGAGAGAGUGGGCUCUGUAAAUACUCUGAUCCUAACAUAGGCGUGCGCACGGGGUGUGCCGGGUGUGCCUGGGCACACCCUAAUCCCGCGGCACGCCUAUGUAUAUUGAGACCGGCAGGGGAGAUCUCAGGAUCUCCCCUGUCGGCUCAUGCAGAGCCGGCGCUAUCCGAGCGCCGGCUCUGCUCUCAGCCUCCCUCCCCACUGACCCACAUGCAGGUAGGGAGGCAGGAGAGGACCCGGCGGAGCUAUUGCCGGCAGCUCCGCCGGGUUCCUCUCGCGAGAUAUGAGCGUUGCCACGGCAACGCUCAAAUCUCGCGAGAGUGAACUCUAGCCCCACAGGGGGCUAGAGUUCACUCUCCACUGGACCACCAGGGAUCACAGCAGCAAGGAUCCCCUCCUCCACUGGACCACCAGGGAAGGAAGCAGCAGCACGAUCCCCCCUCCCUACAAAAGGUAAGAAGGGAGGGGGGAUAGCAAUUAAUGUACCCCCACCUCCACCCCCCACAAUCACCCACCCACAUACAACACACAUACACACACAGCACACACACAGCACACACAGACAUACACAGCACACACACAUACAGCACACACACACAUUCAGCACCCACAGACAUACAGCACCCACAGACAUACAGCACCCACACACAUUCAGCACCCAGCACCCACACACAUACACACACACAUACAGCACCCACAGACAUACACAGCACCCACAGACAUACAGCACCCACAGACACAGCACCCACACACAUUCAGCACCCACACACAUUCAGCACCCACAUACAUUCAGCACCCACAGACAUACACAGCACCCACAGACAUACACAGCACGCACCCACACAGCACCAACAUACAUACACAGCACCCACACACAUACAGCACCCACAGACACACACAGCACCACAGAUAUACACAGCACCCACACACAUACAGCACCCACAGACAUACACAGCACCAACACACAUACAGCACACACACACACAUACAGCACCCUCACAAACACACACAGCACCCUCACACACAGCACACAAACAGCACCCUCACACACACACAGCACACUAACAGUACCCUCACAAACACAAACAGGACCCUAACAAACACACACACAGCACACUACCAGUACCCUCACACACAAACAGCACCCUCACACACAGUACAUUAACAGCACCCUCACAAGCGCACACACACACAAACAAACAGCACCCUCACACACAGUACAUUAACAGCAUUCUCACAAGCACGCACACACAAACACCCUCACCCACAUAGCACACUACCAGCAUCGUCACACACACAUCACACUAACAGCACCCUCACACAGCACACACACACACAUGCUGUGUGUGUAUAUAUGUGUAUGUAUAUAUAUAUAUAUAUAUAUAUAUAUAUAUAUAUAUAUAUACACACAUACAUAUAUAUACACACAUAUAUAUAUACAUACAUACAUAUAUAUAUGCGGCUUGUGCUUUAGGGUGCACACCCUAAUGCAAUAGGCUGUGCACGCCUAUGGAUCCUAAGAAGAUUUGUAAAUAAGUUAGAUGUUACUCCUGUUAGUUCUCCCGGAAUAUGCAGGAGUCCUGUACCAUAGAGAUAACCUGCUAUGUGUAG